AUGACAGGUGAAGUGUUUGUGUCACGGAGUAGCGACCGAUCAACCACCUCAGACAAUUCGCAGCCAAGGCUUUCAUGCGCAAAGUAUCUAGCCAUAAUCAAAUCACUUAUUAUUUCUACUUUUUCUCUUCAUCUCUUCUACAUCGUUUUCUCUCUUCUUUCUUCUCCUCCUUCUCUUUUAUUUCUUCUUCUUCUUCCCUUAUUAUUUCUUCUCUUCCCCUCAAUCUUCUUUUUCUCUAUUCCUCCUCCUCCUUAUUUUCCUCUCUACUUCUUCUUCUUCUCUUCCUGCUACUUCUUCGUCUCCUCCUCUCUUAUUUCUUCUUCUUUUCUUCCUCUCUUCCUGCUACUUCUUCGUCUCCUCCUCUCUUAUUUCUUCUUCUUCUUCUCUUCCUCUCUUCCUGCUACUUCUUCGUCUCCUCCUCUCUUCAUGCUGCCUCUUUUUCUCUCUUCAUCUACUUCCUCUACCCCCUCUUCUCUUCCUCUCAUUCUACUUCUUCUCUCCAUUCUUCUUUUUCCCUAUUCCUCCUCCUCCUUAUUUUCCUCUCUACUUAUUCUUCUUCUCUUCUUCUCUUCCUGCUACUUCUUCGUCUCCUCCUCUCUUAUUUCUUCUUCUUUUCUUCCUCUCUUCCUGCUACUUCUUCGUCUCCUCCUCUCUUAUUUCUUCUUCUUCGUCUCCUCCUCUCUUCAUGCUGCCUCUUUUUCUCUCUUCAUUCUUCAUCUACUUCCUCUAUCCCCUCUUCUCUUCCUCUCAUUCUUCUUCUUCUCUCCAUUCUUCUUUUUUUCCCUAUACCUCCUCCUCCUUAUUUUCCUCUCUACUUAUUCUUCUUUUCUUCCUCUCUUCCUGCUACUUCUUCUUCUCCUUCUCGCUCAUUUCUUCUUCUUCUCUUCCUCUCUUCCUGCUACUUCUUCGUCUCCUCCUCUCUUAUUUCUUCUUCUUCUUUUCUUCUACUCUUCCUGCUACAUCUUCUUCUCUUCCGCUCUCUUCUUCUUCUUCUUCUCUUCCUGCUACUUAAGCUUCUCCUCCUCUCUUCAUGUUACAUUUUCUUGUUCUCUUCCUUCUUCUUCUUCUUGUUUUCCUCUUAUUCUUCUUCCUCUCUUCCUGAUAUUCACUUUUCUUCUCUUCAUUCUUUUUCUUCUUUUCCUGUCUCUUCUUCUUCUUCUCCUCCCCUUCUCCUCCUUUUUCUUCUACUCUUUCUGCUACUUCAUAUUCUCCUCCUCUCUUUAUGUUACAUUAUCUUCUUUUCAUCCUUCUUCUUCUUCUUGUCUUCCUCUCAUUCUCCUUCCUCUCUCUGAUACUCACUUUUCUUCUCUUCAUUCUUCUUCUUCUUUUCCUGCCUCUCCUUCUCCUCCUCCUCCUCCUCCUCCUUCUUCUUCUUCUUCUUUCUACAUUUUUCCAUUCCCUUUUCAUCCUUCUUCGCCUUUUCUAUUCUCCAUUCUCCUCAGCAGAUUACAAAUUCUUCUUUCCUCCCCCCCCACUGGCACUCAUUUCUUUCGUCCUGACCUCCUUCCUUCGUGUAUUCGCGUGUUUUUCAAAUAUCUCAUCUUUCCAAGUUCUUGUCUUUUGUCUUCCGCUGUUUUUCCCGCUUCUUUCCUUCCUUCCAAUUCUCAUUCCAUUUUUUUUAAUUCUGUAAACAGAGUCCACCUGCUUGUAUUUGAAAUUAAAAACGGAAAAUAA